ACAGUCGCAUAACCGCCAACAUGUCUGACGACGGUGCUUCUGAGGUCCAGGUUGAGUCUGGCUCGUUCAACGUGCUUCCCAAGGAUGUCGAGGCUGAGCUCGGCUCCGUCAAGCUUUUCAACAAGUGGAGCUACGAGGAUGUUGAGAUCCGUGACAUCUCCUUGACCGACUACAUCCAGAUCAGGUCACCAGUCUACAUCUCUCACUCCGCUGGUCGCUAUGCCGUCAAGCGUUUCCGCAAGGCUGCUUGCCCCAUCAUCGAGCGUCUCACCAACUCGCUCAUGAUGAACGGCCGCAACAACGGAAAGAAGCUCAUGGCCGUCCGAAUCGUCGCCCACGCUUUCGAGAUCAUCCACAUCAUGACCGACCAGAACCCCAUCCAGGUCGCAGUCGAUGCCAUUGUCAACUGCGGUCCCCGCGAAGACAGCACCCGUAUCGGAUCCGCCGGUACCGUCCGACGUCAAGCCGUCGAUGUCUCUCCCCUCCGCCGUGUCAACCAAGCCAUUGCCCUCCUCACCGUCGGUGCCCGUGAGGCCUCCUUCCGUAACGUCAAGAGCAUCGCCGAGUGCCUUGCCGAAGAGCUCAUCAACGCCGCCAAGGGCUCCAGCAACUCGUACGCCAUCAAGAAGAAGGACGAGUUGGAGCGUGUGGCCAAGUCCAACCGAUAAAGGCUUUCGGGUUAUGGGUUGUGUAUGGGGAUGGACAACUGUGCAUGGAGUUUUCUACGUGGCUGGCUGGCUUGUUUAAAAGGCCGGACGGGUUUACAUGCAUUGGGUCUCUCUUAGGCGAAUGAAUCACUCUAUAGUGGGUGCAUGAUCAGCAAAAUGGAAAACGUUCGAUUCAUGUUCAAAUGGCUUCUCCGGCGCGGGGUAAUUGCUCAAACAAAAGUGUUGCAUUAUGAAGAACAACAAAUAUUAUGUGAUCAUAAAGCUGAUGCCCGUUUAUGAUAUUCUAUUACCAUCCCUGCAACGAUCGCACUGACGCGAUGCAGCGUAGCCUACAGUGAUACGAAAUCUAUCCAUGUCUCAUGUCAUCAUCGUAGGU